GCAGGGUUUGGGUCGGCGGUUUUCUCCUCUCCGAUGGCAUUCGAAAUUACAGUCUCCUUCUCGAGUGCUCUAAUACACUGAUAUUGCAAAUUUUCCGGCGUGCCACCCAUCCUUUCCUUUUUAUUGCAUUGUUGGAUUGGCAGUCAUCUAUAUCUAGUUUUAGAAACAACAUCUGGCCAAGCCCAAGUUUGCUAUUUGGUGCUUCAGUUGAUUUGGUAUGGAGCACUUUCCUGUUGAAGUUAUAGGGAACAUACUCUCUCACUUUAGAACUGCACGUGAUGUAGUUGUUGCUUCUGUUACUUGCCAGAAAUGGAGAGAGGCUUUUCCUUUAUCACCUUCACUCUCUCACAUUCUUUGGGGUAUGAUUUUUGGCUCAUUUAUCAUUGUGAUCACUCAAUCGAUAGAAUACAGAGUAUCAUCACUCAAACAAUUCUGCAAACCAAGGGGCUACAGUGUUUAUCAUUCUUCUUGAUUGAUUUUGAUGAUGAGUUCUUAGCUGACCACGUGCUUACUUGGCUUAUGCAUACUAGAGAUACCUUGCGUGAACUGAAUCUGUAUGUUAGAAUAUAUCCAAGUAUCAAUAUUCUUGAGAGAUGUCACUGGAAAAAGCUGGAGGAGUUGGAGUUGGGGCAUAUUUAUCUAUUGUCCGUGGUGUAGGUAGUUAUCAGAAAUUUCCUUGCUUGAAGACACUUCGGCUGGAGGACGUUACUGUCUCAGCAUUGGAAUUGAGGAUUCUGCUCAGUUUAUGUCCUAAGAUUGAGAACUUGACUCUUGUGAAUCUAGUUUUAGAUUCAAUGGCAACCGUGGAACUGAGUUCUGUUUCAUUGAAGACUGUAGAUCUUUUAGCAAUCCGUUUUGAGAAGUUUACACUGAAGGCUGAUAGUCUUGAAUUCGCACUUGCAGAUGUAGGGUCAAAGCUCUAUCACAUGAUCCCAAGAUCGUCAAAUUUGAGAAGGCUUCGGCUUUGGCAUGUUAAGUUUCUUAAUGUGCAUGAGGUUAUUGACUUGGAGAGGAUACCUGCUUCCUUCCCUCAGUUAACCAAUCUAUCCCUAUAUUAUAAUGUGGAGGAAAUCCGUUUUAGUUUGCAGGGGUUAUCUCAUCUGCAGAAUGUGGCUGUCUUGGAACUUGGUUGUGCAAGUUAUUAUGGCUUCUCAGAUUGGGUUGCAGGAAUCAUGUGGAGAUGCCCCAACCUGAGGAAAAUAGCCAUUCACAGGUUUGAUUGUGAAAAGAAGCUCUGUGAAGAUCUCGGGUUAGUUGAUUUUUCAUCAUCCAUGGUUCGGUUAGCUAGAAAGUAUCUGCAGACCAAUGUUUUUGUACCCGACCCGGUGGCUGACCCGUUUUGGCCACCGGGUCUGGUUCAACCGGUUGAACCGGUUCACCCGACCGGUCCAACCGGUCAACCUAAAAUCACACUUUUUUCAGUUUUUGACGAUAUGUUCGAUGAGCUGUUGCAGAUUCUCAUUUCUGCUGCUGCUUCUGCUCAGUGGAGGCAGGAAAAGAAGAGGAGCGGUGGAGGAGAUGAGGCAGAUGAGAACGCCAUGAUCGACGGAGGAGAUGAGGAGGAGGUGCUCGGCGGAGGAGAUGAAGCAAAUGAAGAUGCCGUGAUUGACGGAGGAGAUGAAGCAGAUGAGGAUGAUCUGUUGAUUUUGUUCUGUUUUACUGUGUUGCUCGGUAGAGGAGAUGAGUGAUGAGGACGAUCGGCUGGACGUUGAGUUGUGUUGCCGCCGACGGAGGUGGCUGAGAUCUGGAGCUCGUCGAUGCUCGCUUCCUGAUCCUUAUCUACUCCAAUCGAUUGCAUGGAAGAAUCCCAUGCAAUUGUCGUAGGCUGGUCGGAGGCCCCAACGGAGCUCCGAAGAGAGCUUCUGAACGAGAUCCGCCAUUUGAUUCAUGUGGUCGUCAAGAGUCGGUUGGGCAGCUUUGUUGCUUCUGUUCAGCAGAGGAGAUGACUAGAUGAGGCUGUGACUGGUGGUGAGAUCUUGAUGGAAGUGGAGCAGGGAGAUCAGGCCGCUUUGCCGGAGGUGAUGAGGUGGUGACUGCUGUGGUGAGAUGCCGAUGAACUCACGGAGAUGGAGCAGGGAUGAGGCAGAGGGAUGGCCCGGCGGGUGGGACGGGCUAGGAGUUUGGAGC